GAGCGCGAGGCGGCAGCGGGGUGAAGCAGGGGAGCAUGUAGGAGCUGCGGACAGGCUGCGCUAUGUUCAAUGUGAAAUAAAUUACAUGUCGUUUCAAUAGCAGCACGGUAUUCCGUUCGUUAGUGGGGACACCCUCGGGUCUGUGCUGGCGUUUUGAAGUUUUUUUUUUUCUUUUGGUUUUAAACCGGAGAAUAUCGUAAAACGAGACAAGCCCCGGGUUAGCGGUUGGGAUGCUGGCGGCGGAAAAUCCACCUGUGGACGGACAUUUGGCAGCAUCGACUCCCCGCAGAAAAGGCAUGGAUUGUAAGCCAAGUAACGACGCCAACAAGAAACUUAUCCAAGCUCGCCUCCCAUUCAAGCGCCUGAACCCUGAACCUAAAGAGAACCAGCCGCCAAAGCGCCCCUGUGCCCACGCCUGCCCUGAACCUGAAGUCUCAGACAGGGAGAAUGAGAAUGAGCCUUCUCCACUCUCUGUGCGCAGCAGACCACCUUUGGUUAAUGGCCGGGGGCCACUUGAUGGCUUCCUAAGCCGCAGAUGCCCUGCAGCAUCCUCAGAUGAAAACCAUGUUAUCGAUCUGACUGAGGACAUAGAAUCACCGUCUGUAAAACAACGUGUUUCACCUGCCUCUGCCUCUCCCUGCGUCCCAGCAAAAGACAAGCAUCAAUGCAAAGACAAAAGUGCCUCUUCUAAGAAAUCCAGCAAUGUGGAUGACACUCCUAAAACACACACUUUAGACUGCAUAGUAACCGAUGAUGCUGAAGUAGAGGAGAUAGAAGACGAAGAUCAGGUGGAAUCUGUUUCGCAGCUUGACACAACGCAGGAUUCUGACAGUGAGCCUGAGGAGCAGAAUGAGUCGGCAAAUGUUUCUAGUUUGGGAAACAAGUCCAUGCAGUCAGCUUCAUCGGUCAGCUCCAUGUCUGAUAGCUCACCAGAAAAGUCCAAGACUGAUGACGCCACAUCCACGACUACACCUACAGAGCCAAAGACCACCCCCAAGGUACCAGGAGAGCAAAAACAGGUCAAAAGACGCUCAUUGAAGAGUUUACAAGAACAAGAGGAGAGGCUUCGGCUGCGACAGGAGAAGGAACGCCAGAAGGAACAGGCCAAAGCUGCAAAAGAGAAAAAGAAAGAAGAGGCUCGCAAACUAAAGGAGGAACGAGAAAGGGAAAAACGGGAGAAAAAGGAGAAAGACGAGCGAGAGAAACGAGAGAAAAAGGAGAAGGAGGAGAAGGAAAAGGCAGAGAGGUUAAAAGCAAAAGAGGAGCUGCGGAAAGCCAAGCAAGAUGCCAAACUUGAAGAAAAACGGAAGAAAGAGGAGGAAAAGCGAAUAAAGGAAGAGGAGAAACGGUUGAAAGAAGAGAAAGAUCGUCUCAAAGCUGAGAAAGCAGAAAUUACACGGUUUCUGCAGAAAGCCAAGAUCCAACAGGCUCCAAAGACUCUUGCAGCUGCAUGUGGGAAGUUCGCUCCAUUUGAGAUAAAAGAGAACAUGUAUUUAGCACCACUGUGCCGGGUUCAGUGUGAGGACUCUGUUCUGGAGGAACUGGACCGGUGUUUGUUGAACCCUGCUGAUAACUUGAAUGGAUUGAAAGAUUGGAUUGGGCAAAAACCCAGAUGGUCAGGACCCACCAAACCCAGGCAAACAGACUCACUCAGGGAGUGUACAACAGUCGAAGGGCCAAAACCAGAUGGUGUACCAGACCGAAAACGUUAUGGACCCAUGAAGCUUCUCAAGUUCCAUGAAAACUACCGUCCAGCAUACUGGGGCACCUGGAGUAAAAAGAGCUCACACAUCUCACCUCGCUGUCCCCUCAGACAAGACAAGGAUUUGCUUGACUACGAGGUGGACAGUGAUGAAGAAUGGGAGGAAGAAGAACCAGGAGAGUCUCUGUCUCAUAGUGAAGGGGAAGAUGAGGAGGAAGGAGGUGAAGAUGACGACGAUGAUGAUGACGGCUUCUUUGUUCCUCACGGCUACCUUUCAGAUGACGAGGGGGGACUGGAAGAGGAGGAGGGUGGGGACCUGGAGAAGCAAAAACUGCGUCAGAAACUUAAAGCCAGGGAAUGGGACGAGCUCAUGUCCACCAAGAAGAAGAUGAAGGUGCUGGAGCCGGUGGUGAGGGGCUGCGUUUGGGAGGGAGAAGGACUUACUUCUGAACUUUUCCAGCCUUAUGCUGUGUGUCUGGUAGAGCCUUUACCCAAAGCAGACACCAGCCCCAGCCCCGAGGAGAGUAAAAGAGAAGAGAAGUUACUCGGUCAGCUGCUGCCUCUGCUGCAUGGCAAUCUCAACAGCUGGAAAGUGAUCAUCACUGAGUUUCAGGAGUUUUAUCGUCAGCAGACUUCCUCCUCCUCUUCAUCACCUCCUGAUCCGUCCAGCCCUCCAAGCCCGGCAGAAAACAUUCCCACAAGAAUGCAGCUGAGGCGCCUCAUGAAGAACAAUGCUGUUUACGAGAAGCGCUCGACCUACAGACGCUGCUGCUGGUACGUGCACCCCGAGGUCCUGUCCCGUUUCGGCCAGGAGGCUCUCCCAGUGCCCUGCCAGUGGACCUACCUCACCACAGGAGCCCGAGAAGACACCCGAGAAGAACCCCAGGCGGCCACAGGCUCUCAAGGAAACUCUCCCACUACACCCCAGACGUCCUCCACUACGUCCUCGUCCUCCAACAAAAGGAAGAGCACAGGCAGCAUGUCCAUCACCAAGUUCAUGAAGAAGUGUACCGAGUCCGAGCAGACGGAAGCAACGGAGGCUGAUGGUUUUCAAGCCGACACUGAGGAUGAUGAUGAGGAAGACUGUGUCAUUAUCUCCACACAGAGUGGUUCAACCACAGCCAAGUCCUCCAGCGACGGAGGAGCUCAAAUGGAAGCGACCCCCUCUGACACAGCUGCUCUCCCCGAGGCCAGCUCUGCUCCGACACUCGCCACCGUCUGAGGACGAGACAAGGAGUCUUCUCUAACCAACCUGUCCCCGUUUCCCUCAUUUAUUCUCCUUCCUGGUUCUGAACUCGACUGCGUCCAAGACAGAAUCAAGUCUUCGUGCAAGAUGAAGCUCCAAACUCUGGUCCAGGCAACUCGCAGCAGGUGACGUCUGCUCAGUAUUACGAGUCCCUCUCAUCUAAUUAUUUUAUAAAGGAGUCAGUAGCUGUCUUUCUGGUAAAAGUUGUCCAGAAGAUCAGAGUGACUGGCUUGAUUACUGAGGGCUGAUUAUCCAGAGCUCAUUAUCAAUGUCUGAUGUUUUUGCGUUGAUGUUUCGGUCGGACGUCUCCGGCUUUAGCUACUGCAGAUUGGGUUGAACAGAGAGAGGAAGAGCAGAACAGAAAUGGCCAAUUUUCAUGAGGAGAAUCAACAACACCAUUAUUUACGGUUUUUGGAAAUGUUUGAACUCAUGAAGUUAUUGGUUUUCUUAUGGUCUAAAUGUAUAUAGUUUCCCAGAAGUGAGAGGUGGGAGAUGAUAGGCUGAAAGUCCAUCUGUACAUUUUCCUGUGAUUUCAAUGGGUGCAUUUAUUCUGCAAUUUCUAAUUCUGAUAACUCGCUGGAGUAGUUGUUAGAUCUGUACUUGUACAGUUAGGUCGAGUGUCACGAUGUUUUAUAAAUAUGUAUUUUCUGUAUUUUUCAAGAAUACUUGAACAGGAUAAAUUCAUUAAACCUGAAUAAAAGUGCUGCACUUUUAUAUUGCAUUCAUUA